UGUUGUUCGUAACAGCAGUGUUAUGGUUUUGUGUAAUGAACACAACCCACUGACAGGCUUUGAAAGUCAAUGUGAUUUCUUUGUUCCAAGACUUUAAGCUUAAGAAAAAACAGACAAAAUGGUGAAUCUCGGUAUCAGGAGAGUGGACGACGCUCUUGUCGCCAAACACCCGGGUUUGGAGAGUUAUGCUGCUUGUCAGUCUCGUGCCUUCAUGAAGGGGACAGGUGCCUUUGUCCUUGGAGCGACUGGUUUAUUUGCCCUUCAGUGGGCAUUACAGAGGAGGCUUCCUUAUCCUCUUCAAUGGAACCUGUUCAUUUCAGUAGUUGCGUCCUCAGUGGGCAGUUAUGCAGUGACUCGCCGGGAAAGUCAGAAAUGCUCAGAUCUCUGGAUGUUGCUGGAAACAGGAAAAAUCCCAGACAGAUCUCCACAACUGCAGCCAAAACCAGAAGAAUCGAAGACACCUGGGGAAACAAAAUAUGGUCGCUGGACGGGACUGCCAGUGGUUUCAGUGGAGCAAAUAUAAUCCAACAAAAACUCAGAAAAAUCCUCUGUACAGUGGGACUGAUAAACAUGCAGGCAAGGACAUUACAGGGAGUCCUUUGUGACAGAGUGACAGUAUCUUCAUCAUUCAUCACUGCGUACGUUGGUGCUCGCGAUGAUGGGAUGGGCGAGUUCAUGUCUGAGCAGGCCACAGAUAAACACGGGCCUGUGCAGUGACUGGAAGUUUCGCUUCAUGACUCAUCGUUGAAAAGGGAGAAACAGAAAAAAGUGCCACUGAUGUGUGAGAAAUGGCUGCAAUUUGUUUUGACUGUGCAUGUGGGGUAGGAUUUGAAUUGUGAGCAGGGUGUGAAUUCAGAGCAAAGGGUCAGGAACACAGGUCAGGGCUAUUUUUGAAAAGUGUGACCAGAUCAAUAAUUAUCUUAAAAUGUAUUGAUUGUUAUUAUUAUUAUUAUUAUUAUAAUAGGUUAGGGUUUGUUUUUAGGUACAACAUUUUCACCUCAGCACAUUAUCUUUAAUUCCAGCAUAAAAUUAUACAGUAUAUGUAUAACACAAUAUGUUAAAAAGGUCAUUGCAUUUUCUUUUUAAUGUAACCUUUAUUUAUACAGGUCAUCCCAUUGAGACACAGUGAUUCAUGUCAAGAACAACAUAACAGUAUAACACAGAAUUACAGACAACUCAACAAACAAAUUAAAAUACUAGAACCAGCAGCAAAUUCCCAAAUAUGUCUUCUCCAGUGACAAUAAUUUUUAAAUCCUCUCAGGGAAUCAGGCUAGACAACCCGAGGGGCAGAGUUGGAAAAUGCCUUUUUGCCAAGCUCUGUGCGGACAGACAGUAAAAGUGAACUAAGUUAUGUGUUACUGCGUAACAUGUAGGAGGAUAAAUAUGUGGGCAGCAGGCCUAGGAUAGAUUUUUUUUUAAAUGAAACCGUACCAAUGCAAGAGUUUGUGCAUGGACAAUGAUGACCAGCGGAUACAUAUGGCAACUCUAUAGUCCUAUCAAGCCACUUGAUAUGACAGACUAGCAAUAAAUCAAUAACAUGGAAAAGGCCACACAGUGGAGCUUGUGGCUUCCACUGUUGCCUCAUAGCAAGAAGGUUGCUGGUUUCCUCCAAUGUGUCCAAAAAACAUAGUUAUUCAUCUCUGUAUGUUGACCCCGUGAUGGACAUAACACUGCAUCAUGUUUAGAUCAUGUUGCAGUUCAAUUGUUGUUUAAAUACAUUUAAAUAAACAUGAAUACAUGAAAAU